AUGCGCACUCACACGGGUGAGAAACCCUACAGGUGUGAGGAGUGCAGCAGCCAGUUCAGUCAGCUGAGUCAUCUGAAGAGACAUGCACAGAUUCACACAGGUGAGAAACCCUACAGGUGUGAGGAGUGCGGCAGGCUGUUCAGUGAGCUGGGUAAUCUGAAGGCUCACAUACGCACUCACACUGGGGAGAAACCCCACAGAUGUGAGGCGUGUGGCAAGCAGUUCAUUCACCUUGGUGAUCUGAAGAGACACAUACGGACUCACACAGGGGAGAAACCCUACAGAUGUGAGAAGUGCGGCAGGCAUUUCAGUGAGCUGGGUCAUCUGAAGGCUCACAUGCGGACUCACACUGGGGAGAAACCGUACAGGUGUGAGGAGUGCAGCAUGCAGUUCAGUCGGCUUAGUGAUCUAAAUAAACACGUGCGGACUCACACAGGGGAGAAACCCUACAGGUGUGAGGAGUGCGGCAGGCAGUUCAGUGAGCUGGGUAAUCUGAAGAGACACGUACGGACUCACACUGGAGAGAAACCAUACAGGUGUGAGGAGUGCGGCAAGCAGUUCAGUGAGCUGAGCAAACUGAAAAGACACGUGCGGACUCACACAGGGGAGAAACCCUACAGGUGUGAGGAGUGCAGCAGGCAGUUCACUUAUCUGAGUAAUCUGAAGACUCACAUAAGGACUCACACUGGGGAGAAACCCUACAGAUGUGAGGAGUGCGGCAAGCAGUACAGUAAGCUGGAUCAUUUGAAGGUUCAUAUACGCACUCACACUGGUGAGAAACCCUACAGCUGUGAGGGGUGCGGCAGGCGGUUUAGUGAGCUGGGUAAUCUGAAGAGACAUAUUCGGACUCAUACAGGCGAGAAACCCUACAGGUGUGAGGAGUGCAGCAAGCAGUUCAGUCGGCUUAGUGAACUAAAUAAACACGUGCGGACUCACACAGGAGAGAAGCCCUACAGAUGUGAGGAGUGUGGUAGACAGUUCAGUGACCUUGGUGAUCUGAAGAGACACGUGCGGACUCACUCAGGAGAGAGACCCUACAUGUGUGGGGAGUGCGGCGGGCAGUUUGGUCAGCUAAGUCAUCUGAAGAGACACAUACGCACUCACACAGGAGAGAAACCCUACAGGUGUGAGGAAUGUAGCAAGCAGUUCAGUCAGCUGGGUCAUCUGAAGACUCAUAUAAGGACUCAUACAGGGGAGAAACCCUACAGAUGUGAGGAGUGCGGCAAGCAGUUCACUGUGCUGACUAGUCUGAAGAUUCAUAUGCGGACUCACACUGGGGAGAAACCCUACAGGUGUGAGGAGUGCAGCAGGCAGUUCAGGGAGCUGGGUCCUCUGAAAAAACACGUGCGCACUCACACAGGUGAGAAGCCAUACAGGUGCGAGGAGUGCAGCAGGCAGUUCAGUCAGCUGUAUCAUCUUAAGAGGCACAUGCGCACUCACACUGGGGAGAAACCCUACAGAUGUGAGGAGUGUGACAGGCAGUACAGUCAGCUUUGUGAACUGAAGAGACAUGCGCGGACUCACACAGGGGAGAAACCCUACAUAUGUGAGAAGUGCGGCAGGCAGUUCAGUAAGCUGGAUCAUCUGAAGGCUCACAUACGCACUCACACUGGUGAGAAACCCUACAGGUGUGAGGAGUGCGGCAGGCAGUUCCGUGAGCUGACUGAUCUGAAGAGACAUAUACGGACUCAUACAGGGGAGAAACCCUACAGUUGCGAGGAGUGCGGCAGACACUUUAGUAGGCUGGGUGUUCUGAAGAAACACGUGCGGACUCACACUGGGGAGAAACCCUACAGGUGUGAGCAGUGCGAAAGACGGUUUACUAGCCUGGGUGAACUGAAGAGACACGUGCGGACUCACACAGGAGAGAAACCCUACAGAUGUGAGGAGUGCGGCAGGCAGUUCAGUGAGCAGAGUAGUCUGAAGAAACACAUGCGGACCCACACUGGGGAGAAACCCUACAGGUGUGAGGAAUGCAACAAGCAGUUCAGUGUGCUCAAUAGUCUGAAGAGUCACAUACGGACUCACACAGGGGAGAAACCCUACAGAUGUGAGGCGUGCAGCAGACACUUUAGUGACCUGAGUCCUUUGAAGAGACACAUACGCACUCACACAGGGGCGAAACCCUACAGAUGUGAGGAAUGUGGCAAGCAGUUCUGUCGGCUGGAUCAUCUGAAGAUUCAUAUCCGGAGUCAUACAGGGGAGAAACCCUACAGGUGUGAGGAGUGCGGCAAGCAGUUCAGUGAGCUGGGUCAUCUGACAAAACACGUGCGCACUCAUACAGGUGAGAAGCCCUACAGGUGUGAGGAGUGCAGCAAGAAGUUCAGUGACCUGGGUGAUCUGAAGAGACAUAUACGGACUCAUACAGGGGAGAAACCCUACAGAUGUGAGGAGUGCAGCAGGCAGUUCAGUCAGCUGCAUCAGCUUAAGAGACACGUGCGCACUCACACAGGGGAGAAACCCCACAGAUGUGAGGAGUGUGACAGGCAGUUCAGUCAGCUUUGUGAACUUAAGAGACAUGCGCGGACUCACACAGGGGAGAAGCCCUUCAGGUGUGAGGAAUGCAACAAGCAGUUUGGUGAGAUGGGUCAUCUGAAGAGACACAUGCGCACUCACACAGGUGAGAAACCCUACAGAUGUGAGGAGUGCGGCAAGCAGUUCAGUCGGCUUAGUGAUCUGAAGAGACAUGUGCGGACUCACACAGGGGAGAAACCCUACAGAUGUGAGGAGUGCGGCAGGCAGUUCAGUCAGCUUGGUGAUCUGACGAGACACGUGCGGACUCAUACAGGAGAGAAACCGUACAAAUGUGAGGGGUGCAGCAGGCAGUUCCGUAAGCUGGAUCAUCUGAAGAUUCAUAUGCGAACUCACACAAGGGAGAAACCCUACAGGUGUGAGGAGUGCAGCAGACAGUUUAGUCAACCGGGUCUUCUCAAGAUUCACAUGCACAAUCACACUGGGGAGAAACCCUACCGAUGUCAGAAGUGCGGCAGACAGUUUAGUCAGGUUUGUAAUCUGAAGACACACAUGCGCACUCACUCGGGAGAGAAACCCUACAGGUGUGAGGAGUGCGACAGGCAGUUUAGUCAGGCGAGUCACCUGAAGACUCACAUGCGGACUCACACUGGUGAGAAACCCUACCGAUGUGAGGCUUGUAGUAAGCAGUUCAGUCUGUUGGGUAGUCUGAAGACUCACAUACGCACUCACACAGGGGAGAAACCCUAUAGAUGUGAGGAGUGCGGCACACAGUUUAGUAGGCUGGGUCAUCUGAAAAGACACGUGAGGACUCACACGGGGGAGAAACCCUACAGGUGUGAGAAAUGCAACAAGCAGUUCAGUCAGCUUGGUGAUCUGAAGACUCAUAUGCGGAGUCAUACCGGUGAGAAACCCUACAGGUGUGAGGAGUGCGGCACACGGUUUAGCACGCUGGGUCAUCUGAAGGGACACAAGCUCACUCACACUGGGGAGAAACCGUACAGAUGUGAGGAGUGCAGCAAGCAGUUUACUCGGCUGAAUAAUAUGAAGAGUCACAUACGCACUCACACAGGAGAGAAACCCUACAUGUGUGGGGAGUGCGGCAGGCAGUUCAGUCAGCUGAGUAAUCUGAAGAGACACGUGCGGACUCAUGCUGUAUAA